UGUUAGAUUGCAUGAAUCACUUCAUUUAGUCAUUGAUGCAGUAAACCGAAUUCGAAGCAACGCGUUGAAUACGCGGUUAUUUGUGUGAAGAUAAUGACGAACACUUUCAUCAAUUACUCCUUCACACUGAAGUACGCUGGCUGUCGGAAGGCUUAUGUUUGACAAGAUUUUUUGCACUUUUUGAGACUAUUUUAGAAUUCCUGGAUACUAAAGAUAACAUUUUAAAAGAAAAUUUAAUGAAGAGGAAAACACACAUCGCCUAUUUAACAGAUUUGUUUACAAAAUUUAAUAUGGUUAAUUUGCCAUUACAAGGCGACAGUUUAAAUUUGAUUAAAACAAAGUCCAUCUUAUCAGCGUUUCUUGCCAGAGUUAAACUAAUGAAGCAAAAUACUGGACGGAGCGAAUUUUCUCAGUUCCCCAAUUUGUCAAAGACAAGCUGCCAGGAAGACGACGUUUCAACUUACGUUCAACAUUUAAAUGUCCUCUAUUCAGAUUUUGAAUCUAGGUUUGAGGAUAUUUUGACUAUGGUAAUACCACCGUGGAUAAUUAAUCCAUAUGGUGACAUAGAAGAAGCGAAUGUCAUAAUACAAGAGGAACUGACUGAACUAAGUACAAAGGAAGAACUUAAGGUUCAGUUUAAAAACGGAUAUGAGCAAUUCUGGCUGCAAAACAACAUACCCGUUACUUAUCCCGUAUUAUGGAAUCUAGCGAGGAAAUUUUUAAUUUUCUUUCCAUCCUCAUACCUAGUGGAAAGGGGGUUCAGCGCUGUUACGAAUCACCUAACGAAAAAAAGAAACAGACUGGACAUCAUUAGCUGA